AUGCAAAAAAGUGGCAGUCGUUCAGUGCUUCAAGGUGAAGAAGAUGCAAACUCUCAAGGUGAUGAACAACACGUUGCGGAAAGUGUUGAAGAGGAAUACUCACAGAAACAUCCUCUCCAAAGUACUUGGUCUCUGUGGUACCACAGCCCUCCAAAAGAAGGAACAAAGCCCAGCAGUGCCGAAGACUAUUCCGCACAGUUCACUCUCGUUUAUACUUUCCAAUAUGUUGAAGACUUUUGGAGUGUUUUCAAUCAUAUCAAACCUCCUACACUUUUAGAUACCGGAAGUGCCUACUAUAUCAUGAAAGAAGGUAUUCGGCCUGAGUGGGAAGACCCAAAGAAUAUCGAUGGUGGCGAAUGGAUGUUUCCCUUCCUAAGGAAGAAAUGUAAUGUCAAUGAUUGGUGGAUGAAUUUAGCUAUGGCUCUCAUUGGUGAAUUCUUUGAUGAUGGAGAUAUUAUUACAGGAGCAUGUGUUGCUGUUCGUAAAUCUCAAUUCCGGUUGAAUGUUUGGGUUGGAGACAAAACAAAUCAAGAUGCUAUUCUUCGUAUAGGAAGACAAUUUAAAGAGGCUCUCAACCAUGGUUCAAUUAGCGGAAACACGAAACAGGGAGAUCUUUCGAUAUUGCUAUCUCAUGCUGACCAAUUUACCUUUGACUUUAAAACAUUCGAAGACCAGAUUCAAGGAAAAAAGAAUGUUAUUCACAUUAUUCGAAUUGAUGACCAACAGUAA